CUAAAAGUUCCGCCUUACUCUCGAUAUAUAUAUAUCAAGCUUCGCUAAUUAAACCUUUUUUAUGAUCACCUUGCUGUUAGUAAAGUGUAAAUUGUAGGUUUCAUAUAACUAUAAACAUGGCAGGACCACUUUCAAAUUCAGCAGAGAAGACGUGGCGGGACGAUACCAACGAUGAGCCACCAGCGUAUCAAUCAAGGAAAUCCCAGUCAGACAAGGCAAAAAAUGACCUACCGUCAUACCGAGAAGCUGUGGGGGGUGAGUGGUCCGAGAAGAGCUAUCAGAAGGAUAAAAAGCCUACAAGUGACAAACCGAACACUUGCCUAAAUGAAAUGGAUAACCAAGACCACCCACCUUGCAGCCACUGGUCGGAGAGCGGAUGUAGUCUGACAGCCAACUCUAGGCAAUGAUGUUCUUGCGUUGACAAUCGGCCCGAGACAGAGUCCGGGCUCUACCCGAUGUUUGUGGAUCACGAAGGAUGGAUGGAAAGGGCCCCGAGAUGGCAGUAUCAUUGCCCAAGCUGUAAAGGUACGCCC